CCCAAAUCAAAUUGCAUAAUUUAUAUCUUAGAAGUUAUCUCAAUUUAUCCCAAAUUUAUGCUAAUAGUUUGGAUUUGAUUACCUCUUCUCUACAAGCCCAUGUGCCAUAGAGAGAUUUCUGAUCAAUUUUUGGAUAUAAAAUAGCUAAAGUGGGGAACAUAAUACUAUCAAAAAUGCAUUCUGUCACAUAUGUCAUGAAUUCUUAUCCCGUGCCAGGACUAUAGUCCUGGACUGAGCGCAAUCUUUUGGCCGUAUGAUUACAGUGUUUUCAAUAUGAAUGCUGAGAAAAGGCAGAUAUGAAGCAUUGUUUCCAAUAAUCAAUCUGUUAUUACAUUGGUAAAAGUGUUUUGUCUAAGAAAAGAAGAGAUUAGCUAGUCUCAAGAGCAUGAAAUGACAAAAACUGUGGAAAACACAACAGCACCAGAGGGCACCACUGUACCUCGGGGAAAACCAAAAUCAGGGCGUCUAUGGAAGCCAGUUAGGACAGAGAGACAUUCCAAUUUCUCCAAACCAAAGACCAGUAAGUCGUCAUGGGCACGCAAGAUGGAAGAGAAAAACCUCAAGAAAGCUGUGAAAAGCUAUGAGAAGGAACUGCAGACAAAGCGGGCAGAAGAAAAAGAGCUUAAAAGGAAAAGACAAGAAGAACAUCACAAAGUCAAGGCGGAGAACCAGAAAAAAGCAGAAGUUGUGCAACCAAUAAAAAAUUUAGCCAAACUGAAACGUAUGAAGAAGAAAAGCUUGAGGAAGAUUGUAAAGAGGUGACCAACAUAAAAAACAAGAUAAUAAACAUUGAGUAUGAGGAGAACUGGUGAAGGGCAGAGCCUGAUGUAUGUUAGAGCCCUAUGAAGAACAGAGCCUUGUGCAUAGCAGAGCCUCAUGUACAGCAGCCUUUUCAUUUAGUAUCAUGGGGAAGUGAUCCUCAUUCUAGAAAGACUUAAUGUUGGCAAUAAGGAAUAUUUUAGUUUGUAAAUAAAUAAAUACAGUUUGAAUAUAUACUUUAUAUGUACUCUAUCUAUUGAUGUUCUAUAUAUUGUUCUAUUGAAUAGCUGAACAAGGUAACUUUGAUUGUAUCACAUUUACAAAAAUCCUUGCAAACGGUAGGCUACAAACAGAUGUAUAAAAUAAUCACAGGCUUUUAAGUGGGGACUUUAAGACUACAAAUUCUCCACUAAAGACUUUGAAAAUAUCCCUGAAGGGAAAAAUGAUCAGCUUUAAAAUCUAGUUUGAAUUCUUCAGUUAAGUGAACAGUUUUUGUUAUGUCACCACAACAAGUGGUGAC